GCUUCAUUCGAACGCUUUUAUUUUCUACCAUAGUUGGUGCAAAAUUAUUUCAUGUACGCUUAGUAAGCAGCAGUGCUCGAGCCCUCUUUAGUUGCUGUCAAUAAUUAGGGACUCGAUCACCUUGACAGGUAAUCGUGCACCAGCUCACAACACCUUGACAGACACGUAACAGUACUUGCGUGCGAACCCAGAUAUCAAUUUCUAAGAUCGCUGGUCUGUCUGUAGCCACCGUUCUUACUUGUUUCUUCCGGGAAAGAGGUUAUGCUAGUUUGCCUGACUGAGCUCGCCUUAGGAGAGAAAUGAAAUCGAAAGAACACGGCGAUCGUUUACAUGAGAGUCAAGCCGCGUCCAAAAUCUCUCGCACAGCUGGACACCGCCAAUAUAAAGACACGUUUAAAAAGCUAGUCAAGUUGAAAGCCAUGCGCUGGCGCUACUGGAUAACUUUAGCGCUGAUUAUUCUCUCGCUAUUUUAUGGCGAUAUAUGGGCAGUAAUUCAAACAGCAGUCUAUUGUUGUUUCGGUACGAUUGCUGCUACAAUGACCCCUGUUACCAGAAGUUCUCGAAAUGAAAAUGCUACGCAGACAGAAGUGCCUGUUGCUGAGGGACACUGCACGGAAACCAGACAAGAAGAAAACAACCCUGGUACAGAGGAGACUGAUUCCAAUGUCAAUAUUAAGCAGGAGUUCCAGCCAGUGGCACAGUAUCGUCACCUAAAGCAGUCUCUAAGAAAGGUGUUUGAGUGCGCUUAUUCCCAGUUUGUCCUGCUUUGGUACGAUGCUCCUGAGCCCAGAGAGAGACAGGUACUCCACCAGGCCCUGCUACAGGAGUUCCACAACAGCGUGGAUCACCUCAUUCACACAACACAGCACCUGGAGACGAUGACACUGGCUGUGGGAGCCAUCCGUAUUCUCAAUCAGCAUCUGCGGAUCAGCAGUCUGAAUGAAGGGAAGAAGCAGUCCCAGUGCAGGGAUGAAGAGCUGGCCCUGCUGAGAAAGUGCUCUGAAAGUCUGAUUCGUAACCUGCUCCCUCCCUCACUGUGGGGACUCGAUUAUAUGCAGCAUUUAGUGAAUGAAGUUGUAUCGUUGAAAGUUUUAGAUCCUUUGAUUAGCAUGCUGUCAGAUCCAGAUCAUCUAAACCAGUGGGUGGUGAACUUGUUCGAUGCUGCACCAGCUCAGCUGUUAGCUGUGGAGACUGUGGUGGCUGAAGCAGAAGUUAAUCCUCCACAGGAGGACGAGCGAGCGGAUGAGCCACAAGACCCGCCAAUGGAAGAGACUGAAAACGCACCUGAGGAAAAGAAAAAGAAGAUGCGUUUUUUUAAACAUGUUUUCAGUAAACUCAAAAUAAAGAAGAAAAACAAGAAGCAGAGCUCUCGCAAAGAAGACGCUGAUCCUGAACCCGGAAAUCACAGCUUCAGAAGACUGGAGAAUUCACACCCCAGUUUAUCUGAGGCUGAUACAGAAGACCUUGACAGUGGUAGUGUUAUAAGUUACACAGAGAACUUUUUUGUCUUUUCGUAUGAAGUGUGGAAAGUUGGAUAUUGGGAGAUAAUGGUUUUAAAGGUGUGGGAAGAGAAUGAGGAUUUGUCUUUCACCAUUCACAUUGAAGAAAGAGAUCACCCUUUCCAGUGGAAUGUGAAACAGACCCUGACUGCAUUUCGGCAGCUUCUGAGUUGUUUGAAAGAGGCUCCUGGUUUAUCGUGCAUUUCUGACAUUGUGGAAAGCUGGCGGCAGCCUGCUGAUGACGAGUUUCUAGAAAAAGCCAGACUGAAACUUGAAGAUUUAUUAAAGAAGCUGGUAUUGAAUCACCGAGUUAGGCAGAGUGAGGAGUUCUUCAGCUUUCUGCAGCCCCCAGAAUCCCCACUUGAAAGCGACGAGCCUUUCAUGGAAGUGUGGAGGCUUGUGAACAGCGUUGUUUCCUUUUUCGCCCCUGGCGAGAAGUUGGAAGAGGACCAGAAUUGUUCUGAAGACACAGUGAUUCUUGAUGAAAUUAAUGGCUUGGAUGCUGCUAGCUCAGCUUUAGGAGGAGGGGACUGUGAAACUGACUCUGUCCCCAUCAGAGAUCACUUAGUAGAAGAUGCUGGUGACUCUGUGCCCCCCCAGGCAGCUGAAGCUGGGGUAACCGACAGAGGGGGUGCUGGCUCAACUGGAGACGAGGUCUGCAGGGAGGACAAAGCCCAUUGGGGAGACAAACCAAAUCCGGGUCAGUCCAACAUAGCGUAUAGAGCCCUCCUGAUUGGAUCAGCUGACAGUGAGUGUAAUCUGUCUGACUCUGAAGACUCCGAGAUGGAAUGCUGUAUUAAGGAUUCCGGUUCUAAGGCAUCCCUUCCAAAUGGAAUCCCUCCAUGGAAUUCGGGUGAUGUGGUUGACUGCAAAUGCUUAAGAGGCAAGACUGAAAAAGGAGAGGCUAAACUCAACACCAGGCAAGAGGCAAAAACAAAGAAACCUGAGAAGGAAGUGACCAAAGCAAUAUUUGAGCUUCUAAAAGAAAUAACAGAUAAUUCAUUGCUUGUACAUUGUUUUAAAUUGAUUCCAUCUUCCUAUCUGGCACCGAAGUUGUUAUCGAAGCUUCACUUGGACGAGAAGCAGGUGACAGCCCACAUUGAGAACCUCUGUGAGAAGCUGUGGCCCAACGGAAUACCUGCUGAGCCCAGCCCAGAGAGAACUCACACAGAGAAAACCCAGACCAAAGAGAGGGCAGAAGAACUGCUGCUGAAAAUCCUAUCUCCAUACAGCUUAGUCAUAAAAGCCAAGCAUGUGAAGAGCGUGUUCACCACCUUUCAGGAUCUGGAGGCCAACAAGACGCUGCUUUAUAUGCUGUUUUUGUUUCUGUGUAAGGCACUUGUGCCUGGAGACCCAUCCUUGAAUACACAGACAAUUCCCUGGCUGAAGAGACCCCUUUAGCUAAACCCAUGCACAGGGAUGGCAAAGAUUCUACUUGCAGAAGACAGGGUCUAUUUUAAUGAUCUAAAGGGUGGCAGGUCUAAAUACUCUCACUUUUUAACUCUAUUACCAGCUGGACAUUGCUUAUGAGAGUAAACACUUGUGUAGUCCCUAAGGCGAAAGAUUAUGAUACUUUUAUACAGUUUUCAAAACAAGUUCUAUAUUUUCUUGAUGGAUUAUAUGUGUCAAAACUGUGUGUUACCUUGCUUACAAAAUGUACUGUGAAUUUCUUGAGAGUUUGACCAAUGGUUAAGAUUAUAAAUCAAUGCUGCUUUGUGGCAAUGGCUAGUUUCGCAGACCCUGAUUAGGGUUAAUCUUGGGCUAGUUUACCAAAAGUAAAUAUUAGGCAGUCCAACACUGUAAGAAAUGUCUGUAAAUUCAACAGCAAAAUUCUAGUAAACAGUGCAGGUAAAUUGCCUUCUCUUAUAAAAUGACAAUUUACCUUCGAUUUAAUAGCUAAUUACCUGCAUACUAAAAAGAAGAAAAUAUGUUUAUAUUUACAGAAAAAUUCCUUUAAAACAAACAGUUUUUUACAUUAAAGUAAAACGAUAUUUUCCAUUGUUUUAAAGGACCACAUUUCUUUAAAAAACACGGGUAGCGUUGACAGUUAAAUACCGUAGAUAUUACAUCUUAUUACGUUAAAACUGGAAUCCCAGAAUCCUUGCAGGGCUGAUUGCAAACAGCAGUGUUUUAACAAUGUAGUUUGUGUUAUUGUGAGUUAAAUGUGAUA